AUGGCUCCGCCCGGGGACCCGCGGCGCCUCUGCAGGCUGGUGCAGGAGGGCCGGCUGGGCGCCCUGCAGGAGGAGCUGCAGGUGGCCGGUGGCUGUCCGGAGAUGGCCGGGGACACUCUCCUGCACUGCGCCGCUCGUCACGGGCGCCGGGACAUCCUAGCCUAUCUGGCCGAGGCCUGGGACAUGGACAUGGAGGCUGCAAACCGAGACUACAAGCGGCCUCUGCACGAGGCCGCCUCCAUGGGCCACCGGGACUGCGUGCGCUACCUGCUGGGCCGAGGGGCGGUUGUCGACUGCCUGAAGAAGGCGGACUGGCCUGCUCCGUGGCAGGCUCUAAUUCUCAACUCUUUUCUCCUAGCAAUGCAUGGCCACUUAGAGGCAGUAAAGGUGCUCCUAAAGAGGUGCCAGUAUGAUCCAGACUGCAAAGAUAACUGUGGCGUUACCCCCUUUAUGGAUGCGAUUCAGUGUGGUCACGUCGACGUGGCCCGGCUGCUCCUGGAAAAACACAAGGUUUGCCUUUCAGCCGAGGACAGGCUGGGCGCCCAGGCCCUGCACAGGGCAGCAGUCACAGGGCAGGAUGAAGCCAUCCGAUUCUUGGUCUCUGAACUUGGUGUUGAUGUAGAUGUGAGAGCAACAUCAACCCACCUCACAGCGCUUCAUUACGCAGCAAAG